AUGCCUAGGGGCGGCCACGGCGUAUUCCCCAACAUCUACCGCGACAUGCGCCACCCGCACAAAUACAACCAAGCCCUCAAGAUCUCCUUCUCCUUCACCUACCUCCUCGAUGCCACAACCGCCAUCGCCGGCCUGCUCAUGUUCGGCGACGACGUGCGCGACGCCAUCACCUCCAACAUCCUGCGCGAGGCCAGCUACCCGCGCGCCCUGGCCGGGCCUCAUCAGGCGGUGGCGGGGCCGCCGGAGGGUUUUGAGGGGGAUGGGAGUGGUGGUGAUGGUGGUGGUGGUGGUGGUGGGUUUGUGCAUGGGUUGGUGGGGAGGGGGAUGGGGUUUCGGGGGGUCAUGAAGGUGGUUAUUAGGGUGGGUGUGGUGGUGGUGUUUUUGGGCAUUUCGAUCGCCUUUCCGGCGUUUGAUAGCAUCAUGGCGUUUAUGGGCAGUGCGCUGUGUUUUACGAUUUGCGUCACGUAUGGCAUUGUCGAGACCACCAAGUUUGCUAACCAACCCACCCAGGCUCCCCCUCGCCUUCUACCUCAAGCUCUUCAGCCACGAAAUCUCAACCCGCGAAAAAAGCCCUCGCCUUCUCCGUCAUGGAUCCUCUCCUUCAUCCUCUCCAUCAUUGGCACCGUCUGGGCCUUCCUGCCCAAGAGUUUGAUUGGCGCCGAGCCCGCGGCGCCGGAGCUGCGGUAG